GUGCAGUUGGAGCUGUAGUCUUUCGUCAUCCGGUUUGGCUGCCUGCUCCGCCAAAGGAAGCUCCGACAACAUCAACCAACGGUUAAAAUCGACCAUCACCAAACGGCAUACGUAGCUCACUUAAAGCUGCCAACUGCUUUAUGCUACCCGCCCACUAAAGUGAUAUAAUCAUCAAGCGCGAAUCACUUGUUUUGAUUCCCACUGGUAGAGUGCGCCACCCAAGGACCAUUUAUUCGUCGGUUUUGAGCAGGACUCUGUGGGUUUCUCUCAUCGACGGAAACUCUAGCAAACCGUAAUCAUCCAUUUUUUAUUCUUCUCUGUUCUACCUCUGACAAGGCGUCAGAUCUCUGAAACUUCUGGAUCCUAGUCACACAAGCUCAAGUCCGCACGAUGUAUGCCUCAGCUAUGCGCGGUGGCCGUCGGCCCAUAGUGCAGCGCUUCGACGAGUAUUAUCGGUGCUACCCCAUGAUUAUGGUGCCAGGAGCUGAGCGACCCGAACUGAACCACGGAUCCAAGAUCAUCCUUCCGCCGUCCGCACUGGAGAAGGUUUCCAAGUUGCAUGUACAGUGGCCUCUGCUUAUGGAGCUCAUCAACGGGGAGAACGACAAACAUACGCACUCUGGUGUCUUGGAGUUUGUCGCCGAGGAGGGAAGAGCCUACCUUCCGCAGUGGAUGAUGCAGACACUGCAACUCGACGUCGGCGACAUGAUCCAGAUCAAGUCUACGUCAUUGGAGCUGGCUCGGAUGGUCAAGCUGCAGCCGCAGUCCGCCAAAUUCCUCGACAUCAGCGACCCACGUGCCGUGCUUGAGAAGGCAUUUCGAAAUUUCGCCACCCUCACCAAGGGUGACGUAUUCAGCUUUGAAUACAACGACGAUGUCUACGAGAUGGCGGUUCUCGACGUCAAGCCCGAGACCACCAAGAUGGGUGUCAGCAUGAUCGAGACGGACGUUUCAGUAGACUUCGCUGCCCCUGUUGGGUAUGUGGAGCCGGAAAGGCAGGCCAAGGGGAGCGGAACUAGCACCCCACGGAGCACCCGUGGGGGUGGCCUUCCCGCCGGUGGCUUGCUACACAGCCAGGGCGGCAUGGCGCAGGCCAUCAACUACGAUGCUAUUGCUCCCGGCUCCGCCCGGUCAGCGGCGACCAACUUCAUGGGCGAGGGCAACAAAAUCGGCAGCAAAAAGGGCAGCAAGGAUGGCACUCCUGUCAAAUCAUCGACACCGGUGGCCGGCGUGUCGACCAACCCAAACACCAGCGGCACAAGUCAGGAUCUCAUCCCACGUCGUCGCACCAACGGGCCUUUGCCUCUCCGUUUGCCUGCCAACAAGCUUUUCUUCGGGUAUGAGAUCAAGCCCGUCAAAACUGACGCGCAAAAGGAGGAAGAAAAGGAGAGCGCAAAGAGGCCACAUUUCGCUGGUCAAGGACAAACGCUACGUGGUGGAGCUGCUAAGCGCAAGGGUGAUGAAAACGAGCAACUCCCCACACCAGAAAAGCGGCCGGGCGAGGGAAGAAGACUUGAUGGGAAGACCUGAUGUGAUGCUGACUCGAAGAAAGAUGAAAGGUUUAGGUAUGGCCAACUACUUAGACGUUCUGGCUUAGCGGAGUUACGGUGUUAGGCUUUCAAUGAUAGGCAAAGUAAUCAGUAUCAACGGUCGAUAUCUUAU